GUUCGGUCCUCUCACCCCGCACAGCAUUUACGGCUGUCCUUCCUUUAGUGUCAUGCCUCUUGACUCUAGUGGUUAUAAAGUUCCCCUCUUUCUUGACCUCAUAAUUGAUUAUUUUCUCGUUCUCAUAUGGCCUGCUAUUCCUCUUCGUCAUAUCAUACCUCUUUCUCACCCAAGCCCAUCACUAUGACCGACUUCGACUUCGACACAGAGGACAGCGACUUAUGUUCUACGACGUCGUUUCCGAUUUUCAGUCCCCCUCCCAGCACAGCAACAUCAAGAACCUCUCAUGACCUAUCUGUGCGGUCUCCGUCUCCAGAUCCUUCAGUGCAGUCAAUCACUAGUUCAAUGUUGGAGCGAGCGUACAGGCAUGAGUAUGGUCGUGGCUUCAAUAACUAUUCGGAAGUAUAUCAUUUACCCGCCGAUGCUGAGGAGUUGGACCGUCUGGACGCGCAACAUGAAUUGUUUAGAGAAAUCAUGGGCAUGUACGCGCCGUGUAUGGACGAAAUCAUGGCAGACGACACUCCAGGUGAACCGAAAACAAUUUUGGAUUUAGGUUGCGGUAGUGGAAGCUGGAUCAUGGAGGCUGCUCGUGACUAUCCUAAUUGCAGCGCGGUCGCCGUAGACCUUGUCCCCAUGCAAUCACCGAUGUUACCUCCUAAUCUCAGGAGUGAAGUUGACGAUAUUAACCUCGGGCUGGAACACUUUUACGGCGACUUCAAUGUGGUACAUGCAAAGCUGAUAUCAUCUGGGAUAAAGGAUUAUGAAGGAUUGAUACAUCAUAUCAGCUUCGUUCUGAGACCGGGUGGCUUGAUGGAUAUCAUGGAAUUUGACUUCCAUGCAUAUGAUGAAAAUUAUCGACGUAUUGAGGUUAGCACGUCUCACGUUGCAGCACCAUGGUGGCCGCGCUGGCUUGCGUUUUUGGAGACUGCUAUUCGCAGUAAGGGGGGAAGUGUUGACGCGGCGACUCACCUCCACUCAUGGGCCGCAAACCAUGAUUCUUUUGAAGAUGUUGUGUACAGAGAAUUUUGGGUCCCAGCGUCGCCAUGGAGAAGGGAUUCAGAUUUCCAAGUACGGAUGGGGGUAGCGAUGCAUGACGAUAUUUCCGCUUUCAUCAAAUCCGGAAGGGCUUUACUUCUUGGAAGUGGAGUCCCCGAACAUGUAGUGGAUGAGUUACAGCGAAACGUAGAAGCCGAGCUGGGUUCUGCGCGGGGGCGCUACUACAUUCGACUCCAGUGCAUCUUCGCUAGGAAAAGGCGUACUUGAGCACAGUUGUUCCUUUCGACCUUUUGAGUCUGCUAGAUUCUCAGGUGUACAUUCUACUCCUAAUCUUUUUUUUUGCCCUUACAGCACACUGAUCAGUACCAUACACGUGUAUCUAUUGAGCAUCUAUCAUCAUUGUCAUCGUAAUUUUGUAGCUAGCGACAUUUAUCAUUACAGGCCCUCAAAUCACUUGAGCG